GAUACUCGAAAUCCCCAAAAUUAGAACCCUUAUCUGAGAAAGAAAGCGAUUCCAGCAAGUACAGACGAGAUUUCCGGUGACGUGAUGAAGAACUUCGAGAAGAACAAAACUCUCUGUCGGUGAAAUCUUGAGCCGUUUCCCAACAAAGAGUCUUGUUCUUCUCGACAGAGAGUUUUGUGAGACUGGGAGACUCGGAAUCGAACUCAACUGCAACGGAUAAGAACACUCUUCUUGGAGAUGUUCUUUCUCUGAUCUCGGCGGUGUUUUACCCUGUCUACAUCACUCUUAUACGCAAAAAGCUUCCUGAUGAUGAUGAUGAAAAAAGCGGCUGGUUUAGUAUGGCUCAGCUUCUUGGGUUUCUAGGUCUCUUUAACUUCUUUAUCUUCCUACCUGCUGCUGUAAUACUCAACUUCACAAAGAGAGAGCGGUUCAAUGCACUGACCUUGAAACAGCUUGGUCUGGUGGUUGGCAAAGGUUUGUUAGAUAAUGUACUCAGUGACUACCUAUGCGCAAAGGCUGUGCUUUUGACAACGACCACAGUGGCUUCGGCGGGGCUGACCAUUCAGGUUCCAUUGGCAGCUAUUGUAGACAGCUUAUCAGGGAACAAACCAAGCUUCACCGACUUCAUUGGUGCUGUAGCUGUUAUGGUUGGCUUUGCAGGCAUCAUAUUCCUGCAGAGAUGUUACACAGAUCCAAAGAGACAUCUAUUGAGUUAGAACCUAGAACAUCGUUCACAGAUCCUCCUCAGAUUGUGUCGGAUAGCAUAGGAGUAGAUUCUCCAGAGACCCUAGCGUCCUAACUGCCAUGAUGCUUAUAUCUUUUUGCUCUCUUUUAUUUUCUGAUUUUUUCUAAUCUGUAAAUCGUUGAGGGUUGAUAUAUACGAAUAUAAUUGAAAAAACAGUAAUAAAAA